AUGGCGGCUGUGGGGAGCCUGCAGCCGGGGAUGGAGGCUCUACAUGUGCAGGGGGACUACAAGGACGCGCCUCCGGCCAAGGCCGACGUGGUGGCCGCGGUAGAGAGCCUCCAGCCGGCGAUGGAGAGUCUACAUGUGCAGGAUUGCAAGGACCCUGCUCCGGCCAAGGGCGUGGCCGCUGCCGCCGCCGUAGGGAGCUUUCAGCCCGGGGUGGACAACCUGCAGGCGCAGGAUUACAAGGAUGCUAGCAUGUACUAUGGUGCCUACCCGGCUUAUGCCUAUGGAGCCUAUGGUGGCUGGGGGGAGUACUCCACAUACGUGAGCCAUGAUGGAGCACAGUCACCAACUGCUGGUGCCUAUGCUGACAUGCACUAUGGCUACACUCCCUAUGGUGUUGCAACCUUGGGGUCUGAUGGUCAGAUUUAUGGGUCUCAGAAUUAUGAUUACCAGUACCCAUCGACAUACAACAAGCAACAGAAUUCGACUGCCAAGCUGUCGUCCAAUGGUAAAAGUGAGAAAUUGGCUGCAGCGCCGCAAGGGGAUGUCUCCACUGUUGGUGUCGAUGAGGUGAAAGGUCUGAAAAAUUCAAACUCAACCCAGAAGGCAGACCGGAAUCCGCCAAGUUCCAAUGGUUCGUAUGGCCGGUCUAGUGUGCAUUCUGGUAGCUAUCAGAACCAGACUAGUUGGUCACACUAUCCAUAUUACAGCAGUGAGAUGUUCUCCGACAAGCAGCAAAAGUUCACCAGCAACUGCAAUUCGACUGCUUCCAAUGCUAAAACCAAGGGGCAGUUGAGGAAUCAAAACACGAGGCAGUAUCCUCAUCUCAUGGGUCUGCAAACACCAACCUCCCCAUCAGUUUACUCAGCUAAUGGAAUAUAUGGGUAUGAUGGGAGCUAUGGAGCUGGCCUGUGGUAUGGAUCACACAUGUAUAGUUCUGGGUUAUAUGGUGGGUGGAAUUCACUGUAUGAUGGAAAGUACAGAACCAGAGGAAGAGGUAAUAAUGGGUAUUAUGUUUAUGGAAAUGGAAGCCUAGAUGGCUUCAAUGAGCUGAAAAGAGGACCAAGAAGUGGUAUGUACAAAAACCAGCUGGGGCUUGGAGCUACUACUGAAGUACCAGCAAAAGAGCAGGACACUUUGUCUGCUAAUGGUUCACAUCCUGCCAUGAACAACAACAAAGCUUUUAAGUCCCAAUAUAAUCAGGCUGACUUUGCAGAAACAUACUCAGACGCUAAAUUCUUCAUUAUUAAAUCAUAUAGUGAAGAUGACGUUCACAAGAGUGUUAAGUACAAUGUGUGGGCUAGCACUCCCAAUGGCAAUAAGAAACUUGAUGCUGCCUACCAAGAGGCUAAAGAGAAAUCAAGCGAAACUCCUGUUUUCCUUCUAUUCUCUGUGAAUGCAAGUGGCCAGUUUGUUGGCCUUGCUGAGAUGGUUGGUCGUGUUGAUUUUAACAAAACAGUAGAGCAUUGGCAACAGGACAAGUGGACUGGUUGUUUCCCUGUCAAGUGGCACAUUGUGAAGGAUGUUCCAAACAGCUUGCUGAAGCACAUCAUUCUCGAGAACAAUGAAAACAAGCCAGUCACAAACAGCAGAGAUACACAUGAGGUGAAGCUUGAGCAAGGCUUUCAAGUGCUCAAGAUUUUCAAGGAUCAUGUCUGCAAGACAUCCAUACUGGAUGACUUUGGCUUUUACGAUAAUCGUGAGAAGUUGAUGCAAGAGAGGAAAGCAAAGCAGCAGCAGUCACUGAAAAAGGUCAUCGAUGUGAAGCUGCCUAAUGCCACUGGCACAGAGAAAAGUCUCAAAGGAGAGACUGGAUCAAUGGAACUCACUGAGGCUGAGGCUGACGUCUUGAACAAAGAGCUUUCAUUAGACAAAGCAGGAGAGAAAAAUGGCGAGAAAGGAAACGAUGUCACCCCACAGGACCUGAAAUCACCAACUGACAAGUUGGCUGGUCCAAAUGGUUAUUAA